AAAAGACACGACUCGGUGGACCGGAAGAAAAAAUAAAGGGAGAGAGGAGAAGAAAGGCGAGAGCGUGACGAGGAGACAAAAGAAAAGAGGAGACGGACAAAGAGACGAUACACCUGCAGAGGCAGCAGCCGGGGGAGGGACUGUGGACCUGACAGAGGGAGGCAGAGACCUCGCUGAGAGCCUCACUUUGGAAACAAACACACACCCACCAACUUAAAACACACCAUUGUUUACUUGUCUCUGCUCUCCAGAGGGUCUGGGAGGUCCCUGGAGUGUGUGUCUGGUUGGGUGCAUAAGCUGGGGGGGUGUUUUUUAUGUGUUGAUGAGUGUGUGGGUGUUUUGCAUCACUUUUGAUGGGACAUUGAGAGAUGUGUGUGUCACAGCGUCGGUGGAUGGGCUAUAGGGGGCCGUGCUCCCCCGCCCUCCCCCUCAUCCUCGUCCUCCUCCCUGUGUCCUUCCUCCUCUCCAUACCUCCGUUCGCUCAGGGAGCCAUCAACAUCCCCAAAGACUUGUCACAGCCUCCAGUGCUGACAGAGAUGCCGACAUCGUACACAGCCUUUUCUCCAGAGGACAUCAAUCUGCCCUGUGAGGCCUCCGGUAACCCAACACCCAUUUUCCGGUGGGUGAAGGACGGUGUGGUGUUUGAGUCGGGGCGUACAGGAUCUGGGACACUGCGAGCCGAAGAGGGAAUGUCCCUCAGCUCGUACGAAGGCUCCUAUCGCUGCUAUGCUUCCAACACCCUGGGGACCGCCAUGACACAAACUGUACAAGUCAUUGUGGAGCCUCAGCCAGUUCUUCUAAAACAACAGAAAAUACGUAAGCGAGCGUACGAGGGAGAAAGCAUCGCCCUGUCCUGUAACCCUCCACAGAGCUCGACUCCCCCUCACAUCCACUGGAUGGACAAGAAGAUGGUGCACAUCAUUCAGAGCAACAGAGUGAUGGUCGGCCUGGACGGGAACUUGUACUUUGCUAAUCUUCUGAAGAUGGACAGCAGAGACGACUACAUCUGCAACGCCCAGUAUUCAGCAGCCAGGACUAUUCUGCCUGAGACGGCCGUGACUCUCGAGGUCAUGCCCAGUAAUGAUGUUCUUCAUGGUAAAAGACCUCACCUCUUUCAUCCCACUGGUGGCUCCCACACCUCGGUGCUGGCCCUCAGGGGUCAUACUGUCACCCUAGAAUGUAUCCCCAAAGGCCUACCCACUCCACGGGUGGAAUGGAAGAAGAAGGACGGCAGCCUGGACGAAACAAGUGGCCAGGUGGGAAACCAUCACCACUGGCUCAUCUUCAGCAGCAUCAGCCAGAACGAUGACGGGGAGUACGAGUGUAGAGCAUCCAACAGCCACGGCUCCGUCACACACUCCUUCACUGUGACCGUGGAAGCUGCUCCGUACUGGGUGAAGGAGCCUCAGAACCUGUUGUAUGUUCCUGGGGAAACUGUGCGACUGGACUGUCAGGCUGAAGGCAUCCCGACCCCCACCAUCACCUGGAGCCUCAACGGGCAGCCAAUCACAGAGGUGUCCGCUGAUCCUCGUCGGACUGUGCAGGGUGGCACGUUGAAACUGAGUGACGUUGGAUUUGCUGACACCGCUGUGUAUCAGUGUGAGGCCACCAACAAGCACGGCUCCAUCCUCCUCAACACCUACGUCUACGUCAUCGAGCUGCCUCCUCAGAUCCUGUCCUCUGAUGGAGUCGUGUACAGAGUCACCGAGGGCGGAAACAUCAGGCUGCACUGUGAAUCCUUUGGUUCUCCACGACCACACGUCACAUGGGAGGGUGAAGACAUGGUUCCUCUGCUGCCGGACCCUCGUGUCUCCGUGCUGACCAACGGGACCAUCGAGCUGUCCGACGUCGGUCACGAUGACAGUGGAAUGUACACCUGCUCUGUCACACACACCAAUAUCUCCAUUACCGCACACCUGGAAGUCUACAAUCGAACAGUGAUACUGACGGGCCCCCGGGACGUGCGGGUCCUCAGAGGAACCAGCGCUGUGCUGGACUGCCUCUCCUACAGAGACCCGCAGCUGCACCAGCACCAGAUUGUCUGGAGGAAAGACGGACAAAAACUGCAGGAGUCGUCACCAGAUGACAAGUACACUGUCUUUGAGAAUGGAAGCUUGAAAGUGACAAACGUCCAAUCAGAUGACACGGCAGCUUACACCUGCGAGGUCAUCACCGAACUGGACAACGUGAAAGCCACCGGCUCCAUCACCGUCGUGGCACAACCGGACCCCCCCAAGGGCCUCUCUCUCGACAAUGGCAACCACAGCCUCACCCUCAGCUGGAUCCCGGGAGACUCGCACAACAGCCCCAUCACAGACUUCAUCGUGGAGGCCCGGGAGGAGCAGCACACAGAGGAGGGGAAGCAGAGGUGGGAGGAGUGGAGGAGGGUACCCCAGGACUUCACCCACCUGCAGCUGACCCUCCACCCGUACAGCACCUACCGCUUCCGGGUCAUCGCUGUAAAUGAGAUUGGCCACAGCGAACCCAGCGAGACCUCGGGUUUGCACCACACGGAGCCUGCAGUUCCUUACAGUAACCCCACCGGAGUGCGCAGUGAUUCCACAGACCCAAAGACUCUGGUCAUUACCUGGGACGAGAUGGACAAGCGCUUUCAUAACGGCAAGGACUUCCAGUACAAGGUGUCCUGGCGGGAGGCUGACGGGACAGACCUACGCUGGAGCUCUGGUUACGUAAAGUCUCCGCCGUUCCUGGUGAACAACACGGGGACGUACACGCCGUUUGAGAUCAAAGUCCAGGCUGUCAACGCAGUGGGAGAGGGACCGGCUCCAGAGCCUGAGAUCGGACACUCCGGAGAGGAAGAACCUGCCGCGGCUCCCACCGGAGUUGAAUCGACUGUGAUGAACAGCACAGUCAGAGUCAGGUGGAACGAAGCCCAGAACGUCCGAGGUCUGCUGCUGGGAUACAAGAUCUACAUCAAGAGGCUGGGCUCCCUGGUCAGACGGGGCCGGAGGUCUCUGGGAAAAUUGCAUCAUGGGGAGGACAAAGAGGAAAGACUUGACAGAGGAAGGGAGAGAAUCAAAGAGAGUAGGGUGGUGGUGGUCCACGGCAUGAAGACCUCAGCAGAAGUGACAGAGCUGCAGCUGUUUUCUUCAUAUGAACUGUCUGUCACUGCCUUUAACAGCAAAGGGGAGGGCCCCCACUCCCCACCUCACCACUUCGACACCCCAGAGGGAGCUCCUGGUCCUCCUGCUUCACUGAGGUUUGAAAGCCCAACAGAGAAAUCCCUGAUUCUGUACUGGAGCCCUCCAGCUGAAACCAAUGGCCACCUGCUGGGAUACUUGGUUCAGUACCAAGAGGAGGUGGAGAGCAGAGACAGCCCAGUGAAGAUGGAGAUCAUCAGCGAUCCCAGUGUGACUCACAUCAUGCUGGAGCCUCUGGACCCCAGCAGCCAUUACAUCUUCAAAGUGAUAGCACGCACCGCCGCUGGAGACGGACCUCCCAUCACACUGAGGGGCGCCACCCUGCUGGACGGAGUUCCUCCCUCAAACAUCACCAUAGUCCAGGGAAACACAUCACUCAACCUGAGCUGGGUUCCCGGAGAGCGAGACAGGAAUCAUGGCUUCCACAUCCGCUACCUCAGAAAGAGCGCUGGGGGUGAGUGGGAGGAGUCGGAGCUGGUGAACUCCACGCAGGGUUUCUAUUCACUGACAGGCCUCAGACCAGGAGUUCAGUACCACCUCAUGAUCAUGCAUGGAAACGACACGCAGUGGGAAUCUGUGGCGUGGACCAUAGGACCAGUGCCGACCGUGAUGCCCGGUGGGUUCGCCACUCAAGGCUGGUUGAUAGGACUCAUCAGCGCCAUCGUGCUGAUACUGCUGAUACUGCUCAUCCUCUGCCUCAUCAAACGCAGCAGGGGGGGCAAGUACGCAGUGAAGGACAAAGAAGACAAGGAGGUGGACUCUGAAGCUCGGCCAAUGAAAGACGAGGCCUUUGGAGAAUACAGAUCCCUGGAGAGCGAUGGAGAUGAGAAGCGCUCAGACAGCCACCCGUCUCUGUGCGGGGACAGUAAACUGGGCAGUGACGACUCUCUGGCCGAAUACGGAGACAGUGUGGACAUCCAGUUCAACGAGGACGGCUCUUUCAUAGGCCAGUACAGCGGCCGGGGGCCCCCUCCCCAUGGCAACGAGAGCUCUGGUCCCGCAUCCCCCGUUAAUGCAGUCCCGCCUCCCCCCAUCACUCCAUCCAUGUCGAGCAUCCUGAACCGGCCCAGCUAGACAUACACACACACACACACACACACACACACACACACACACACACACACACACACACAC